GGUAUUUAUCUAGUAUAUGGUGUUAACGGGAUGAGCUGAUCGAGCUGGCACAGUGUUGGCCAGCAGACUAAGGGAGAGUCUUCUGAGAUUCGGCUUUUUCCAAUUUCUUCAUUUUAUUUUACUUGUUCUGCUUGUAAAUGAGUAAGGAAAGUGCCGCAAUGGGAAGACUGCCGUGGGUUUGCUGCCUCUUGAUCUUUGCUUUAUUCGUUGCAGUGGAUACGCACAAACGUGUCAGUGAUGUGAUGCCCAGUGGCUCCCUUAGAGGUGCUAAAAACUCUCAACAUAUUAAAGGUUGGGCUCCUGACACAAACGCCUGGAAUGAAGAGUUGUAUCCUUGCAUUAACCACAAUCACAGACGACGACGAGGGAAUUUUUCUAUUCAGCUUACCAGUGACAGUCCUGCUCUGAUUGGCUCAAACAUCACCUUCACUGCAAGGGUUAUGUUUUCCAGAUGUCCAAAGGAAGAUGACCGUGGGAAUGUCUUGUAUGACCGCGAGUGUGAUGAUGCUGAAUCACUUCAGUCCAGAUCUGGAUACAACUGGACAUCCUCCCUGGACGAUUAUGGCUACAGCAAUUGCACUGGCAUACUUUGCAAUGUAUUCCCCGAUGGCAGGCCCUUCCCGCAGCACUCUGACUGGAGAAGGCACUCCUUUGUAUAUGUCUGGCACACAAUGGGCCAAUAUUUCCAAACCACUGGAGGUCCUGUGUCCAGCGUUUCUCUCAAUACCAGCAGCUUCACCCUUGGCACUCAACUCAUGGAGGUGCUGGUUUAUGUCAAAAAGGAGCAUCGCAGGAACAUUCCUAUUGCCAAUACAACAGAUCUCUAUGCUAUUGUGGAUUUCAUUCCCCUCUUUGUGAACAUUUCCCAAAAGAAUGAUCGCAAUGCUUCAGACUACAUCUUCAUCAAGGACGCAAAUGUCCUCUUCACUGCAGUGCUUCAUGAUCCCAGCCACUAUCUGAGCAAUGCAGUGGUGCUUUACCAGUUUAACUUUGGUGAUAAUCGCACUGUCAACAGCUUGAAUAGCUCAUUCAGUCAUAUCUAUAGGUUGGAGGGAAAUGUCACAGUCAAUGUAACUGUUGAGGCAAUUAUUCCUGUGCCUUGUGGCCCACCAACUCCAACACCAGUGGUACCAACAUCUGGCUCCCCCAGUACAACUACAGAUGAACCAUUCACAACCACACUUCCCCUCUCCACUGCCUCCGUGACUAGCAGUGCACCCACUACAGAGCCUUUUCUGGAUGGAUGGAUAUCAAAUUGCAGCAUCCACAGGUUUGGCAACUUUAAGGCUGACCUGACUAUUGUGGCUGGAGUUGUUGCUGUAGACAGUGUCCAGAUGACCAGAAUGGUGGAAAUCUCAACCAUUCCAAUGACUAGUGUUGCAGUGGACUUCUUGGUGUUGUGCAAUGGAAGCGUACCCACGUCAGUCUGCACCACAAUAAUGGAUUCCACAUGUGCAAGUGUAAAAGAUAUCACAUGUGACGAUGUUCAGUCUUCUGACCAGUGUCAACUUGUUGUGCAUCGUUCCUUCAACCAAAGUGGCAUCUUCUGUGUGAACUUCACCCUCAGUGAUGCAGCAAGCCUGGCCCUCACUAGUCUGUUUGUGGACAUCCAAACAGAGAAUGGAUCUGUCCCUGCAGCAGGCUAUGUGCUAACUGCAGUCCCUGUUCUUGCAGUUUUUGCUGUGGUGUUAUAUGUGCUCAACAAGCGUUACAAACGGUACAAACCUGUGACUGAGGUGCCUAAUGUUGGAUUGGCUGUAUAUUUCAGUCAGCUGAAGGCCAGCUUUUUCUCUGGGAAUGAAGAAAACAACCCACUGCUGCAGACCAAGCCCUCCAGCGUGUGAAACAUGUGGACUUUAGAUAUCCAGUGUGCCUUAAGGUGGCUAUAAACUGCAUGUAAUCUAUAAAGGCUUGUAAUAUAAUGCUGAACCAGAAGCCUUUGCUAUUCUAACAUUAACUAAUUUUGCCAUUUAUAAGAAACCUAUUAAAUUUUUACAUUUGUAA